UAGAAUGCAAAUCAGGUGUCAAUUCCUCACCAACGCUUUCCCAAUCUCUACUUUAUGUUGAGUCGUCAUUUUCCACUACUCUCUCUUUUCAAAAUGUUGAACAAGAACUGGGCUUUAAUGGCGGUUUUCUCAUUCCUGGUUGCCUGCAUUGUGACAACAAUGGUAGCACAGGGCAGAGAUUGCCCCAGGAAGUGCCUCUCGUCUUAGUAUGCCCCUCAGAUAUGGUUAUUAUGAUGAGAAAUGUGAGGAUAUUGAGAAGAUUGUGUGGUCAAUGAUGCAGAGAAUUGUCCAGCUGCAACACAACGCCCCAGCACAACUCUUACGCCUUCUCUUCCUUGAUUGUUUCAUUCAGGGUUGUGAUGCAUCUGUUCUGCUAGCUGACAGUAAUGAGAAUGGAACUGUUGAACGUGAGGCCUUUCCGAACAGGACAUUGAAAGGCUUCGAUAUCAUGAUAAAGGAUGAGAUUGAGAAGGAAUGCCCUGGGACUGUCUCUUGCUCUGAUAUCCUUGUCCUUGCAACAAGAGAUGGCAUCGUUCUGGUGCAACUGGAGAGUAGAAUCUGGCAAGUGAAAUGGAUGCAACUCAUGCACUAGCACUACUAGAAAAUGGUCCUAUUGGAAUAGUUAUUUAGUAACGGUUAUGCAACUGUUUCGUGAUCCUGUUUCUGAUUUGAUGAGAGGGAAACAGUGGCAUUACUUGGAGGACACAACAUCGGGAAGAUUGGUUGCGAAUUCAUUCGGCCAAGGCUCAGUAAUUUUAUGGGGACAGGUUUACCUGAUCCAACAAUUCCUUCUGACUUCCUUGAAGAGUUGAUGCGGAAGUGUCCAGACGAUAAUAGCACCCAUCAACAAUAUGUUCAACGAACAUAUAGCUAGGGGUCUGAGUGAGUCUGCUAUGUCAAUACUCCCAGGGACUGUCAGUACUUUCCUCGUUUGGAACAUCAUUUGAUAAUCACUACUACAAGAAUUUGAUGAGAGGACGAGGGGUGCUGUUUGCUGAUCAACAGUUGAUGGCUAAUGAAAAGACAGCAGCGGUGGUGAUGGAUUAUGCUUUGGAUGAGGGGACUAUAUUUAGGACAGAGUUUGCUCAUGCCAUGGAUAAAUUGUCAAAUAUUGGUGUUCUUACUGGAUCCCAAGGAGAAGUUCGGCACAGUUGCUCCCAUAUCAAUUCUGAUCAGUGAGAACCACCUGGGAGGAGUAGACUAGUUAUUCAUGACUUUUCCUAGCGUCUGAUUUAGGUGGCAUUCAGUGGAAUUUUCUCUUUGGAUACUAAUGGAUCUAGUUAAGAUUACUGAUUGACUUAACAAAGUUUCUCAUGCUUGCAGCUUUACGUACAAACAUGUGCCCCAAUAUAAUAUUCUGCUUUUAAGGUACGGAUACUACUAUUAUAUAUGUAGUUUUAUCUUAUAUCAUCGUGCUGCAGGAAAUAGGGUUCAAAUCAAGAAGAAAUUCAAGAUUUUAUCAAGAAUUUUUGAAUUUCUGGAAACAUUGCUGGGCGAGUAUCACCAUUAUCUGUUGUGGAAAAAUAAUUGUAAUAUUAUGGAAACCCUUUCUUUUCCCUGAAGUAGUUCCGAGGCAAAUAUAUACAGAAAAAUCGAACCA